AUGGAUGAUGCAAAGCACCUUGCAGAGUGCCAGCUGGCCUCGGUUCUGCCCUGGGGAGGGCCCGCUACCCGCGGCGACCAGGCCCCUCCACCUCCGUCCGAGGACGAGACCUGUAGGGGAGCGCUCUGCACCGAUCCCGCAGCCCUUCUUGAGGAGUCUUUAGAGGAUUGCCCUCUAGAUGAAGAUGAAGAUGCAUUUCAGGGCCUGGGAGAGGAAGAUGAAGAGAUUGACCAAUUCAAUGAUGAUACUUUUGGGUCAGGGGCAAUUGAUGAUGAUUGGCAGGAAGCACAUGAGCGCCUGGCCGAAUUGGAAGAGAAGGUGCCGGUGGCAGUUCCUGAACAAACAGGCAACGGGGAAAGGGAUGAGAUGGACUUGCUGGGUGACCAUGAGGAGAACCUGGCAGAAAGGCUGAGUAAAAUGGUGAUCGAAAAUGAACUAGAAGACCCUGCUAUCAUGAGGGCUGUGCAGACCAGACCAGUUUUGCAACCCCAACCAGGAAGUCUCAAUUCCAGCAUCUGGGAUGGAUCUGAAGUUCUGAGGCGAAUUCGAGGACCACUGCUUGCUCAGGAAAUGCCUACCGUGUCUGUACUAGAAUAUGCCUUGCCCCAAAGGCCCCCACAAGGCCCAGAAGAUGAUCGGGAUCUUUCUGAGCGUGCAUUACCCAGGAGGUCCACUUCCCCGAUCAUUGGGAGCCCCCCCGUGAGAGCUGUUCCCAUAGGCACCCCACCUAAGCAGAUGGCAGUGCCCAGCUUCAACCAGCAGAUCCUGUGUCCGAAGCCAGUCCAUGUCCGGCCUCCAGUGCCAUCACGUUACCCUGCUCCCUAUGGUGAGAGAAUGUCUCCAAACCAGCUCUGCGGUGUCCCGAACUCUUCCCUCUUAGGUCACCCUUUCCCUCCUAGUGUACCUCCAGUUCUGAGCCCUCUCCAGAGAGCACAGCUUCUCGGAGGAGCUCAGCUACAGCCUGGACGGAUGUCUCCCAGCCAGUUUGCACGGGUCCCGGGAUUUGUCAGUAGCCCACUAGCUGCCGUGAAUUCCAAGUUGCUGCAAGGGCGAGUUGGGCAGAUGCUUCCCCCAGCACCAGGCUUUCGUGCCUUCUUCAGUGCUCCCCGCCCCGCUACCCCACCUCCACUACCGCAGCACCCUCCUGGCCCAGGACCUCACCUGCAAAACCUCAGAUCUCAGGCCCCAAUGUUUCGACCAGACACGACUCACCUUCACCCCCAGCACCGCCGGCUCUUGCAUCAAAGACAGCAACAGAACAGAAAUCAGCAUCGGAAUCUCAAUGGUGCAGGAGAUAGAGGAAGUCAUCGAAACAGUCAUCAAGAUCAUCUUCGAAAGGAUCCGUAUGCGAAUCUCAUGCUGCAGCGAGAAAAGGACUGGGUCUCCAAAAUCCAGAUGAUGCAACUGCAAAGCACUGAUCCUUAUCUGGAUGACUUCUACUACCAGAAUUACUUUGAGAAACUGGAGAAACUAUCAGCUGCUGAAGAAAUGCAAGGUGAGGGCCCUAAGAAGGAACGCACCAAGCUCAUCACCCCUCAGGUGGCCAAACUGGAGCACGCCUAUAAGCCAGUGCAGUUUGAAGGCUCUCUGGGAAAGCUCACUGUCUCGAGUGUGAAUAAUCCCCGCAAAAUGAUCGAUGCUGUUGUAACGUCUCGGAGUGAGGAUGAUGAGACAAAAGAAAAACAGGUUCGGGACAAAAGACGAAAAACUCUUUUCAUAAUCGAGAAAACGUACAGUUUACUCCUUGAGGUGGAGGACUACGAAAGGCGCUAUCUCCUCAGUCUGGAAGCGGAGCGGCCGGCCCUGGUGGACGAAAGAAAGCAUAACAUCUGUAGCAUGUAUGACAACUUAAGGGGGAAACUGCCUGGACAAGAGAGACCAAGUGAUGACCACUUUGUACAGAUCAUGUGUAUCCGGAAAGGGAAGAGAAUGGUUGCCCGUAUUCUCCCUUUCCUCUCCUCAGAGCAAGCAGCGGACAUUCUCAUGACAACAGCCAGGAACCUCCCUUUCCUCAUCAAGAAGGACGCACAGGAUGAGGUGCUGCCAUGCUUACUGAGUCCCUUCUCCCUCCUCCUCUAUCACCUUCCAUCAGUGACCAUCACCAGCCUUCUGCAACAGCUAAUGAACCUACCUCAGAGCACAGCUGCACCAGCACCCACCAACCCUCACCUCGCUGCUGUGCUCCAGAAUAAGUUUGGCCUGUCACUGCUCCUCGUCGUCCUGAGCCGUGGGGAAGACCUACAGAGUUCAGACCCUGCUACGGAAUCAGCGCAAAACAGCCAGUGGACAGAGGUGAUGUUCAUGGCAACUCGGGAGCUGCUGCAGAUUCCCCAGGCAGCCCUGGCCAAGCCCAUCUCCGAACCCACCAACCUCGUGUCCCUCUUCUCACGCUACGUCGAUCGGCAGAAACUGAACUUGCUGGAGACGAAACUGCAGCUUGUUCAGGGGAUCCGAUAAAAGAUCCCCAAAUGCGUCACGUACCUCCUUUUGGCUGCCACCUGCACUGCUGUCAUCACCAAUGGAGUGUUUUAAAUGUGAGAGGGAAGGUAGCUUUGUCCCCAAAGCAAAAGCCUCGGGAGAUCGAUCCCGGCUCCCAGGGACUCUCUCUCUGCCAGGCGUCUCCCCGCUGCUCUGUGACAUUUGACUGGGUGACACUUCUGCUGGUUUCUGCCUCACCUUCUAUGUUACAAUUCUGCAUGCCUGCCUUUACUCAGUUCUCUCAAGUUUGCAUUUUCUUUGCCCUAGAAAUACAAACACGCCCUCUCCCUGUAUCACCACCGCUACUCAGUUCCGAGUAGAUUGUAGCCCCUCCAAAGGAUUCCUACCCUCAUCCUACUGAAGUCUUUCUUCAUUGCCCGUAUUAAUAUGAUAGGAGAACCAAUUAAGUAGAAAUUGACAUAUAUCUACACCUACAACACACACACACUCCCUCAACACUCCCUUAGACAAGCAUUUCUGUGAUCUCCAAAAGGUCCUUAGAGAAUGAGUUUUGGCUUAGAAAAAGUAUUUGGUGACACACCCCUCCUCUAAUUGCAGGUUGUUGUGUUUUUUUAAUUACCACAUUUUAAAUCUCUUUUCCAUCUCGUAAUUAAUUUGGUGGGUUCUACGUGUUUCACUAUAAUUAAGAGAUAAGCAGUACAUCUCAUCAGAACUCUGAAUUGGCUGGUGCCCAAAUGUAGGCCGAGAAGCCCUUAUUCUCUUCCCCACUUGUACUUCUCUUGUUUCUGUCCACCUCGGGAGAAAGGGCACAUUGUCCCCGAGACAACCACCUCGCGCUUGGGCCCGUCCCCUCUCCAGGACGUGCAAGCACCCAGGCCGGUCCUCGCUUAGAGCCUGCUUCUGCAGUGUGGCUUUUUGUACACUCACCUUGUCUUCCUGAGACGACUUCAGCAAGCCAUCUGUGGACUUACUUCGCUGUACCCUGUUUUUAUUUGCUGCCGUGGGCAGAAACUCCAAAUGAAAACAGACUGCUAAGUUUGGCUUGCUUUGCCCCCCACCCCAUGAACAAAACAACUGUCCCUGCUAGUCCAUCUCACCCAAGUCCCAUUCCCAGGCAGCCAGGGGACCUGGGGUUGAACCCUAGCAGGGCAGCCUGCCGUGAGCCUGUUCAUUGACCCGCUCCCAUUCACCAAUCAACUAGGAUAGGGGGCUCUGAACCCUCAUGAUUAUGAAAUCUCCAUCCAUUAAUGUUGCCUGAUAGUCCACGCUCACCCUGUGCUGUUCUCGCCUUUUGGGAUAUAGUGGGGAGGACAGGUUAUGAUACUUAAAGAGAAUACACAUUUUGCACAUGACAUGUACAACAGUAAAAUCCUCCGUUAGAACCGCUCUUUGUUCUCCAUGCUCGCUCUCCUCUGUCUCCAUUGCCUUCCCACUGUGUAGACCCUGCCCCCACCAGCCAUGCCCCUGUGGCCUGACCCAGCUUCCCUCUCCCAUCAUCUACGGACUCUUUCCUUCACAACUGAUCAAGUGAAUACUUGAUGAUUUUUUUCUCCCUCCCUGUGCUUUCUCCUGUUUGGUUCCAAUUAAUGAAAAUAAAAGUUUCUAAAUUUA